AUGGUUUCAAUGUCGAUUAAACCAAUAGCAAGAUAUUACAAUUUCUUUAUUAUCACUACUAUAAUAAUCAGUAUUCUAUUGCUAGCAACCACUACAGCAGAAAGUAAUCUAAAAAUCAGAAAAAGAGAUUAUGACAAGAGAUUUUAUUAUGCAAUAGAGGUUGAAAAUGAUUCUAUUGUUACACCAAAAGUCUUAGAAAACUUAUUGGAUGUAAAACACGAAGGGAUAAUUGGUGAACUCGAUAAUUAUCAUUUGUUUAGUUCAGCAAAGGAAGAUGUAGUUAUCGGUGUUGAUGAUACGAGCAACAGUAAUCCUCUUGAUAAACAGUUAAAAGAAAUUCGAAAAAGAUCUAUGGAAUCAUCACCAAUGAUUAACAAACGAUCUCUUGAAGUCGUUGAUGGAAUAUUAACUGUGGACAAACAAGUACUUAGAAAAAGACAUAAACGUGUACCGUUACCACCAAAAAACAACAAUUUGGAUGAAUUGGAUCCAGAAGCAAUUGGUAUUUCAUUAGGAAUCAGUGAUCCAGGAAUAACCGGUAAAGGAGUCACUGCUGCUAUUGUAGAUGAUGGAUUGGACAUGGACAGCGAAGAUUUAGCUGAUAAUUUCUUUGCAGAAGGAUCAUAUGAUUUUAAUGAUCAUACUCCAUUGCCCAAACCUCGAUUACUUCAGGAUACGCAUGGAACAAGAUGCGCUGGGGAAAUAGCUGCUGCAAAGAAUAGCGUAUGUGGUAUUGGUGUUGCUCCAGAUGCCAAAAUAGCAGGUUUAAGAGUGUUAUCUUCAGCAAUAUCGGAUGUUGAUGAAGCAGAGGCUUUAAAUUAUAAAUUUCAAAUGAAUGACAUAUAUUCGUGUAGUUGGGGACCACCAGAUGAUGGAAAGUCAGCAGCUGGACCUAAAGGUGUGAUACUUAAAGCAAUUAUAAAAGGAAUAAAACAUGGCCGAGGUGGAAAAGGAAGUUUGUUUGUUUUCGCAGCUGGUAAUGGAGGUCUUUACGAAGAUAAUUGUAAUUAUGAUGGCUAUGCUAAUAGUAUAUACACUUUAACUAUUGGAGCUGUUGAUCGUAGACACGGAGUUCCCUAUUAUGCUGAAAAAUGUUCUGCUCUAUUAAUCUCUACUUAUAGUAGUGGAGGUGGAAGUUAUAUUUAUACUACUGAUGUUGGUAGUAAUAAAUGUACAAAUUUACAUGGUGGCACUUCUGCAGCUGCACCACUUGUUACUGGAGCUUUAUCACUAACCUGA